AUGACUACACGUGGCAUACAACCAAAAGGUUCCCAAACAUUGCCUCUUUACUUAACAAAGGAGCAUAAGGCUUACCUUACUGAAAGACCUGACUUGUUGACUAUCAGCCCCAAAAAACAAGCACGAAUAUCACCAACAAAUAAAUCAACUCCGUUAAAUUACAAAUUGAAUGAAUCAAGAUCACCAUUGCCAAUAUUCAAUCCGCCAUCAUCAACAUCAUCGUCCACAGUGGAUAACAUUACUCCUGAAGCUAAAACUAGAUUCUCGCCAGAGAUUGAUCGUUCUUCAGAGGAUCUAAUCAGAAGAGUGGAAGAGAUUAUCCAAACAGAAACCACUUAUAUCUCACACUGUAGUAACUUGGUGAUCCAAUAUUUGACGAAUCUACAACAUUUCCAAACAGAACUCCCAGCUGCAGUUCAUAUUACGAAAGAAUGUGUAUUUGCACUCGUUGAUAUUCACAACCAGUUAUUGAAGGAGAUGAUUAGUAUUAGAAACCAAAAUCAGAGCAUAGUUGAUAUGUGCAACAGUAUUGCUCAAAGUAUAGCCAAGUCUGGGAUUUCAGUUUUUUGGUACAGUUUGUAUUGCACGCAUUACGAUCAGUUGAUUCCUUUUGAACUCUUUGUGGGAAUUAGUAACAAAUCAUUGAAUCAAGAAAACGGUACACCACUGAUGAAGUCAUUUUUCUUGGGCAUAAAGAACUUUUUGGAAAGCCAGCAAGUUACAAUUAAACGAAAAGACUUGUCGUUUAUGUCCUUAUGCCAAAGACCGGUGGAUAGAAUUGUCAAGUAUAAGCUCUUUGUUAAGGGAAUGAUGAAUACAUUUGUUGAACUCGGAGCAGAUACAACGAUUUUGGUAAAAGCGUUUGAGCUAAUUUCGCAGCAAUUGGCUAAAAUAGAUGAAUCAAGAAUUUACAUGAAUGAAAACAGACAAUUGAACUCGUUGGUUGACUUUGCUGGGCCCCAAACUAAUCCUUUGUACCAGAGAUUGAAUCUCGAAGCUAACUUCUUUGGUAACCCUGUGGCAAUCGGGUUUGCUUCAGUAAUCUCUCUCAAAAACUCAAAGCCAGAAAUGAUACACUCUCCAAUAAUACUUUACAAGGCACAUCUUGUCAUUCUUGAAUACAAUCCGGUGAUUACCAGACAUUCGUCAAAAAAGUACAAACCAAAGUUUAUCAUACCUUUACUGAACAUAUCAAUCUUUAAGGAGUUCAAGAACGGUUUGUUGGUCAAUCUAACUACCGCUAUCAAGUUGCAAUUUAGAGCUUCGUCAAACCAGUACCAAAUGGUUUUGUGUUUUUUGUCACUGACGGAGUACGAGUUUUGGAAAAUAAAAUUGGAUCUUUUGAUCAAUGUCACCCAUCAAGGUUCAAGUGACUACAAGCUGGAGGUGAGCCAUCUAUUUUACUUUAUUCCUAAAAACAUAACUGCGUGUUGGAAAGAUCAAUACAAUGAAUCAGAGAAAUAUUUGAAUCAUGUGGACUCGCAGCAAACUUUUCGAGUAAAAUUUCGUGUUGACUUGUGUCUCAAGAACAAAGUUUGCUUAAAGGUUCAAGAGUUGCCGCCUGGACCAAAGUAUACGCUUAAAACAUGGAUCAUUGACGUCUUCAACAAUGAACGGCACUUUAAACAUAUUGCUAGUAAGGAGAUUCCGUUUCAUACUUGUAACAGAACAGAAACGACAGAUGGAUAA